AUGGCGCACCCAAAUGGCCAACAGGCGUAUUAUGGCCAGACCAGCAACCCUCCGAGCUCCCAGCCAGCUUCCAGUCGCUAUGAAAGCUACACGCCUCAGCACAACCCCACUCCAACCCAGCAUCUGCCGAGACGAAUGCCUAGUUACGACGCUGGAGACGACUCGACGCUCUUCAACGCUGCUCGGAUCUACAAUUCAAGAGCGACCGAUGCAAACGCGCGUUUGCCGACAAGUGGCGCUGGAUAUACUGGCAAUGUUGUACAAGGUGCAUACGGUGCCGCUCACGGGGGAUAUGAUGACGGUGGAGAUGCUGGAUUUUCACACGGUGCUGAAACGCCGGCGAUGUCGCCCACUCGUGCUGCGUCGCACAGCGCAGGAUCGGCCACUUACCACUACCAGUACCCGCCAACGACCUCGGCCCAACGUGCGUACAACCCGCAACAAUACGGCCUGCCGCAAUCGCAGACCCAACCGAACCUGGGUUAUAAUCCCUUGAAUUAUAACGCUUCGCACGCCAAUCCCGCUCCGAGCCAUCAACCCUAUAACCCGGCAGCUUAUCAGCCUGCUGCAGUCGCGAGUGUGGCGUCUCCCACCCUGCCACGGCGACCAAGCGACGCAUCGCCGUACGGUCAAGCACCCCUGACCUCAUCUUACGGAUUUUCAUCACAACAACCACCAGUUCCGCCCCCUCGCGCACCCGAUCAUCCCUAUGGAGGGCGUUCGUAUGGAUCAUCGCCUACUAAUUUGAGCCAGCGGACAGGGAGCACCGCCUCCACUGCGUAUCGGCCGACUCUUUCUCCAUCAACAGCUGGAUAUGUAACCUCGAAUUCACCUUCUGGUGCCUACAUGCCUCAAUCUGCCACCGGUCCCUACUUCCCCAUAUCUCCCGGGUUCGGGACGGACUCGCCAUACCCCUCUGCCACGAUCCCGCCCAUAACCCCAGACUUUGAGGAUCGACCGCCAGCGCCGCCCGUACAUCAGCCGCAAGGCAAUGGACUUUAUGGAAAGCGAUCAAGUAUGUCUCACUCGUCUUCAGCGCGGUCUCUUCCCACACCACCCGUACAGCAAGACAUUUCAAUUCUACCAUCGCCGAGACGAACCGACACCCUGAAUCGACACCCGCAGGCUCGGCCCUUACCUGGACCACCUGUUGACGAUAUGCCGGACAUGAAUGGACCGUCUCCAUCGCCCGGCCUCACUGGUACUUAUGAAAAUGAUGAAUUGAUCAAAGAAAUUGAAUCUGCGGUGAUGGAUACUCAGGCUACUUUUACGACAAGACGCCAUAGUUCUAGAGCAUCUCAUGCUAGCUCGGCGUCGCGAUUAAGACUUUCACCAGACGAACAACAUACCCACACCAAUGGCAACAUGUCGACUGGAACUGGUCAAUAUGUCAACUACGAUGCUUAUAGUGAUGACAGCGAGGCGGAAGCUGAAGCCGGGCUAGCUAUGUUGCGCAUGGCGGAAGAGGAGGAGAGAGCUCGACUUGACCGAGAGAUUCUUCAUCAGCAUGGCCGUCCUCGGCGUGAGACGAACGCUUCAGUUCUCAGCACUCGCUCCUACGGCUCUCGUGUGUCGCCUAGAGGCCCUUCGCCUAAUUCAGAUAUUCAAGAGGAUAGCGAAUUCGUGGGACACGAUCUGGCUCUUUACGAAGGAGGUUAUCACGGUAAUCUUCAUUAUGGUGAACAGGGGCAUUAUGAUGAAUACUCGGAUCAAGCCGCAGGAGGCAUUUCGAGAACGCAUGGCUCAUUCAGAAGUUCCGAUGUUUCCCCUGAUGAACGAGGUGAAUAUGCCGACGAUUACGAACACCCCGCUAUCGCAUACGAAUAUGCCAACCGCUUCCAUCAUUUGCCAAUUGACGCGCGGGUGGAUGCUAGUGGCACCGGUGGGCUCGCAGCACCAGGAAAUUUUGACCGUCGAAUGAGCUUUGAUUAUGGUGAGGAUGGAGAUAGUCCUUAUGAACAGCCACUGGAUGGAGAUAGAUCCGACGAUGAGAGCCCACACCGAGCUGCGCACGAAGAUCUUUUUUUCCAUCCGGGCAUGCGCCCAUUGCCACCAGCUCCCGUUGAGCCCGCGAACCAAGAGCUCUUCUCGCAUUUAAUGCCCGCCGGAACGUAUAGGCCCCUUGAGCAGGAGGACUUCCAGGUCCAGGAUCAGUAUAGACAACCCUCCAUACCUGUAUCCGCGGACGCGUAUGGAGACACACUACUCAGCCCCUCUCAAGUCCCGCGGUCAUCUUCGUUGUCGACGCCUAUGGGACUUCGUACUGAUCCGCCCAUCAGAUCCAAGACCGAAGCGGACCGCCUCCGGAAGAAGCAGGAACAGGAAGACCUGUGGCGGCUUCGGCAGAAGGAACUUCCCAAGAUUGUUUCGACCGAAGCGGCCGCUUCGAUGGCUCUGGAUCUACCCUCGAUUCCUGCAGGACGCCGCAAGAAAUUCAAUCCUACAAAGCUGUCAUCGGAGCAGUUCAAGAAGUGUACUGAACCAUGGGCUCUUAGCUCUAUUCUAGCUUGGAUUUGGGACUUGAGCGAGGAUGAGACCGAUCUCAGGGUUUCGGCUAUUGUUGAUGCGAUUGUGGCAUUGUUUACUCACAAAGUUCCAACUAUGAACACUACUGAGGCCGAGACCCUCGCUGCGCGUGUUGUCAAUAGCAUGCUUCAGGAGGAAGCACUUGUCACGGAGGAAGAAUGGGUCAGAUUCGGCAGCGGAAACCUCUCAGGUGUCUUGUUCCAAAUCACUGGUACUGGCUGUUACUCGUCCCACCUUCAUGAAGACGAGCUGCAUAUUGAGGGAACCGAUUCCUUUGGGCGCUGCUAUUCUCAUCAUUGCAUGAGAACUUUAAAGAAGGUCAAUCUGAAGGCGCAGACGAUGGCCCCGCAGAAAAAAAUGGAAGACUGGGUAACUUUCUACAAUGUGCCCAAGGAAGUGUGGGAGUCACAUCCCAAGAAAGAGGUGGAUCGGCAGAACAAUUUGCAUGAGAUUGUAACUACUGAGGAUGCCUACAUUGCGCAGUUGGACGUCUUGCGUGAACUCUAUCGUGACCGGCUCUCUGGGAUGAAUCCUCCUAUCAUUCCAGUCAAACGACUGUCCAAGUUCCUGGCCGAUGUCUUUGGAAAAGUUGACACAGUGAAAAGGGCCAACGAGGAUUUCCUGUUGGCGCAACUCAAAUACCGCCAGAAGGAACAAGGUCCGUUUAUUGCUGGCUUCAGUGACAUCUUCCGAGAGUGGAUCCGCAAAGCCAAGAGUGUCUACAUUGAUUAUGCUGCGCAUUUUCCGGCUGCGAACUAUUAUGUUCGGAAGGAGGCCGAGCGCAAUGUGCACUUCAAAGCAUUCUUGAACUCUGCGCGGGAUAACAAAAUGUCUCACCGUUUGAGCUGGGAUACUUACUUGAAAGCUCCGAUCACGCGGAUCCAGAGGUACACCCUGUUGUUGGCUACUGUCCACAAAAACAUGCCCAUAGACUCCGAAGAAAAAACCAAUUUGGCACAGGCCAUCGAGGAAAUAAAGGUUGUCGCAUUGGAGUGUGAUAACAAAGUUGGCGAGAUGAGCAAAAAGGUCGACUUGAUGGAGCUCGCAGCUAAGCUGCAGUUGCGGCCAGAGAUGAAGAAAGAAGUGGAACUUAACCUUGAGCACCUGGGCCGUGAAAUCAUCUUCCGAGGUGAUCUCCAACGUCCCGGAACACGAACUCGAUUCCUCGUUGAUACCCAUGCCAUCCUGUUCGAUCACUAUCUCGUUCUUGCCAAGUCAUGCAUUACCCGUGACCCAUCGCGGACAGUCAAAUUCGAACGUUACGAUAUCUCGAAGUUGCCCAUCCCGAUGGAUCUUCUGGCCUUGGAAAGCACCAAUGACGACCCAGUUAUCAAGUCAUCAGUUCGUGGUGUUUCAACGGUGACUCAAGCUCAAGGUGGGGUAAGUCCCUUGACGCAUACCAGUGCCUCCACAAAUGGAACAACCGCAGUUCUGGACUCCAAAGAUGACAAAAUUCUUUACCCGUUCAAGAUCAAGCAUCUUGGAAAAACAGGCACAUACAUCUUGUAUGCCUUCUCCGCACAAAGCCGCAAGGAAUGGUGUGAGAAGAUCAUCGAGGCAAAGACCAAGCACGCUGCGGCUCUAUUCUCACAGAACGCCGAGCCUUUCCGCCUGCGUGUCCUCGCGGACACGGCUUUCGCUUACUCUGACCACUCUGCCGGCUCGAAGAGUGUGACCAUCAAGGGCACUCCGCUGGAUCGCGCUAUCAAGGAAGUGGAAAAGAAGUAUGCAAACUCUGGGCCUCGACCUCCACCGGUCUGCAAAACUGCUGUGAACUGUGCAACGGUCUUCCAGCAGCCUCCAGGGCGUAUGAUGUGUGCAAUUGGAACUGAAUACGGCGUGUACAUGUCUGAUCUGAGCAACCCGCGUGGUUGGUAUCGGGCUAUCCCUAUCAUGCGGGUGACACAGGUUGCCGUAUUUGAAGAGUUCAAUCUCUUCCUACUUAUCGCAGAUCGCUCCUUAAUUGCGUAUCACCUUGACGUGGUGUGCCCUGCUAGUGGGAUAUCUCAAUCACAGGACUCUGCCCGCCGAGCUCCUCAGAAACUUUCCGGAAAUCGCGAAGUAGGCUUUUUCGCUGCCGGACGCAUGAAAGACCGGUACUUGGUAUUGUACAAGAAGCGAGACGGACUUUCUUCUACAUUCAAGGUUCUCGAGCCCAUUCUUCAAAAAUCCUCAUCCAGCAAAACCCGCCUUUUCCAGUCUCGUCGGUCGCAAACAGAAUUCUUCCGUGAGUACGAUGAAUUUUACAUUCCCGCUGAAAGCUACGGCAUCAACAUGUUCCACUCUUCACUUGCCAUCUCCACUCAAAGGGGCAUUGAAGUCCUCACCCUCGACAAAAAGCAGUCUUGGUCCGUCCCCGACUUCCGCUCUGAAUCCCAAGAUGCCCACGAUACUCUGCAUAGCAUUGCCCAUCGCAUCCAAGGCCUUCGCCCGCUCGGUAUGUUCCGUCUCAGCGACAGUGAAUUUAUCGUUGCAUAUCAGGAGUGCGCUGUCUAUGUCAACAAGCACGGCGACGUUUCUCGCAGCGUGGUCAUGGAAUUUGUCGGCAAUGCACACACGGCUUGUCUUCACGGGAAAUUCCUUAUUCUCUUCAAUGAUGACUUUGUCGAGGUUCGCAAUGCGAUGAAUGGCCGUCUCAGACAAGUUAUUCCCGGCCACAAUGUUGUAUGCUUGGACGAUGGUAGCAAACUACCCGGCUCCUUCGGCCAGGCUACACCAUCCAGCAACAUAAGCAGCUUCCCUGGUUCUAAUGGCACAUCAAACGGUGACACGCAGCACACAGUCAAGAUUUGCAUGCAACACCCACAGUACGAGCGUAGCCAGAUCGUCUUGGAGCUGGUCGAAAACGAGGGUUCAAAAGACUAA